CGACUGGCCCAGAGCAGCGGUAGCUGUCAGUCGCUCACUAGGCUUUUUCAUAUUGGGUGACGCUUAUGCAGCUAGUAUAGUUACACUGGUACAUCAUCACAGUAUUACGGAGCAAGUCAACGAGUUGCGGCGGGCGCAAGUGUGCAUUCGGGCCCGGUCGCCCGGAUGUGAGGAUAGGAGUUCUGCAGAGCCAAGUAUGAUCCUGGAUUGCUGAUGAGUACGUGUAGUUAGAGGGCUGGCCCACUCUCGCCUGCGGUGCGACCCGGUCCUGUGCUGUCGCCACACACACAGCCGCCGUACACAGCCCCAGUGAUGAUGCAGCCGCCUCGGCGCGGCCGCUGAUCGCUGCCCGGCCCGGGUAGCCAUGCACGUGGGGGAGCAGCAGCAGCAGCAGUAGCAGCAGCAGUCACCUCACCACCCCGCGGGCGGUCUGCUCUGACGUCGUUUCGCACGACACACACGGGGGUGUGAGUGCGAGCAGCUGCGAGCACCAGCACCUGUAGCUGCGGUGGCGGGAACGUGCGCGGGCGGGAGCGCGUAAACCCAAGCACGAGGCGCACCCAGGCGCCAGCCACGCACACAGCGCGCCACACACUCGUUCAGGGGGUGGGCACUGCCGCCCUCCUCUCUACAUGGGGGACCAUGCGGCAGGCGGCGGCGGCGGGCGCGGCGACGGCCUGCUCGCCAACGGCAGCGGGCGGCUGCGGGACGGCCACAUCACGCCGGAGCGGGUGUGGGCCAUGUUCAACCCGGUGGAGAGCGAGGCGGUGGUGAACGCGCUCCGGCGCUGGCAGUGCAGCUUCGGCUUCCGGUCGCGGCGCAUCCACAACUGCGGCUCCAUCACCGACCCCUACGUGCGCCUGAUCCUGGACCGCUGCCUGCCGCCGGCGGUGGAGCGGCAGCUGUGCAGCGAGCCGCUGGACGCCCUGCUCAACGCCGUCAUCGCGGUGCGCACGUGCGUCAUCGACGAGAGCCUACUGCGCUGGGCGCACCAGGACGGAGUGCUGCAGCUGAUCAACGUGGCCUCGGGUUUCGACACCCGGGCCUGGCGGCUGCGCUGGCCCGCCGCCAUGCGCAUGUACGAGAUCGACUCGGCCACCGUGCACGCACAGAAGGCGGCGGCGCUGGGCGACAUCGACACGGCCUGCUCCCGCUCGGCGCUGGUGGGCGGCGUGUGGGACUUGGGCGACACGCUGCGGCGGCUGGCGGCGGUGGGGUACGACCCCAGCCGGCCCACACUGUGGCUGGUAGAGGACGUGGUGGAGUACAUGCUGCCCUCCGCCGCCAGCCAGCUGUUCGCGGCCAUGUCCGCCCACUGCGCGCCCGGCUCGCGCCUGGUGGCCUCGCUGUCGGACGUGAAGCUGCGCGACCUGCUGCGCCGCUACGGCCACACCACACACCUGGUGGAGGAGUUCGAGCCGCCCGGCAUUGUGCUCAACCGCAUCUGCGCCGCGGGCUGGCACGCGGAGGUGAUCCUGUCCGGCCAGCUGGAGGACCGCUUCGACGUGGACCUGCACAACUGCCUCUACCUGGUGCACGGAACACGGCUGUAGCAGGCGCCGGCCGCAGCUGCACUGCAGGCUGUAGCAGGCGGCGGCAGCAGCAGCAGGGGGCAGCAGUGCAGGCUGUAGCAGGUUAUGGAAGGCUGUGGCGGGACUGGCAGCCGCGUGGGUAGCAGUGCAGGCUGUAGCAGGCGGCAGCAGCAGUGUCAGUGCAGGCGGCAGCUGAGCAUGCAGGAGAGGUGGCCGACGCAGUCCGCGCAAGCUGCUGCGGAGUCUGCGGCCGCCCUGGCUGCAGAUGCGGCAGGAGCAGGGGCGGGGGCGGGGCAGCUGUGUCGGCGCGGGAGCGCGGCUUGUGAGUAAGCAGCUGCGGGGUUGUGCGGCGGCGGCCCCCGGGCGGCAGCGGCGGCUUUGGGGCGGCAGUGGCGGCAGCGGCGGCAGUGGCGGCCCCGGGGCGGCAGUGGCGGCAGCGGCGGCAGUGGCGGCCCCGGGGCGGCAGUGGCGGCCCCCGGGCGGCAGUGGCGGCAGCGGCGGCAGUGGCGGCCCCGGGGCGGCAGUGGCGGCCCCGGGGCGGCAGUGGCGGCAGCGGCCAGCCAACUCAAGCAGCCGGUGCCGCGAAGGCCGGGACCAAGGCCUUGGAGCUGGGCUGGGCUAGGUGGGCUCCGGCAUGAGCUCAGGAGUGGCGGCGGGCGCGGCGCCUCCAGCGGCGGCGGCCCCUAGCAGCCCGCUGGUGGUGGUGCUUGCGGCGGCGUAGGCAGCCACCGCACACACGCCGGCUCGGCUCUCAGCGGCUCUCACAGUACCGGCUACCGAGAAUGGCCUGGUGGUGGUCGUGGUGGGUGUGACGGUGAGCGAACACUAGCAGUGCGGUGGACGAUCGGUGAUGCGAGUGCGAGAAGUGCACGACGGCGGCGGCGCACUGCUGGCGGCGGCUGCGCUCACGGCGGUGCCGAAGCGCUGCGGCGGCCACAUCCCGCGGCGGAGGAGGCCGCAGCCGUGCACGGCCCCGGCAGCACGUGCCGCUGCCGGCGACGGCAAUGGCGACGGCAGUAGCAUACAGGCACUGCUGUCGUUGGGGGUGGCAGGAACUGCCGCGGGGCGGGGCACAGGCGGGUCAGGGGCGGGUCAGGGGCGGGCGGCCGGAGCUGACCCGCGUGAGCUGCUUGAGGGGCGCUGCCUAUCUGCCGGCCGGUGGGGUCGCCAGGAGGUGGGUGGUGGUUGCAGGAUGUGGGCGGCACAGAGGCCAGGGGGCCGCGGCCGCGGGGCUGCGCAUUUCAUUGUUGACGUUGUGUGUGCCGCUCGAUGUGGGUGCGUGCUGUGCGUGUGUUGAUCAUGUUUCUGAACUUCAAUGUGCGUCCGGGUGAAAGUGCGCCUCAAAAGCCGCACAGCCCGGGUGUGCGCACGAGGACUGCACUUCUGUUGUACUUGGUCGUUGGCGCCGGGCUCUGUUGCAGUGUGGGAGGUGCAAGGACCCCCCACGCAGCACAGCGGAGGAGGGCAGGCCUUGCCGAUGCUGCGCUGGGGCUUGCAUGCACACGGUAUGUGUGGCGGGCGUGAAAGGGCGCGAGAGGUCGGCCCCCCAGCAACGGGGUAUCCGUUGUGGUGCGGUGAGUUUCAUUUUCAUUGGACUCCUAGGGGCGGUUGGUUGUCUACAUCAGCUAUGUGGGUGUACCAUGUGCUUGAUCCAUACUACAUCUCGUGCGCUUGUUGCGGAGGAGCAGAUUAAGGGCGGCUGCGGCGCGUUGCCCUUUCCCUGUAUCCCGUUCAGCCCAAGGCGCCGUUGGUGGUGUGGCUGUGGGCAUUGCCGGGAACAGCUCCCGUGUGCUGCGGCGUGUGUGUGUUUUGGGUCGGGUGCCGAGCGGGAGUGGCGGGCGCUCCCCCGCUUGCAGGGCCUGGCGCUGAACGCCUUGCUGGGGGGCAGCGCUGGUGUGUGCGGCCGCAGCGCUUGGACACACAUGCGAGGCCUGGGGGAGGGAGGAGGAGGGGAGGAGGAGGGGGGGCAGGGAGGGGACAAAUGCGGGUGUGCAGCAACGUCUUGUACAGUGAGCCAUCAAAUGCCCGCAUGCAAGGAGGCGAGGCAGGGUGGUGUGCCGGUGUGGAGUGUGUGCGCGGCAGGAGGCCCUGACGCGAUGACUGACUGACGGGCAGCUACUGGGUGUAAGGGGGGGAGGCGGCGGCGGUGCACCCGCGCAACAGCACGUGGGUGCUGCUGGGCCGUACGAGCUGCGCUCUAGGGAGGGGGGGCGGUGACGGUGUGCACUGAGGUGGCCCCGGGUGCCCGGUGUGACGUGCGUGUGUGCAUAUGAGUGUGUGUGUGUGUGUGUGCUCGGCGGUGGUGUGGGCGGCGGUUGAGGGGGAGGGCGGGCAGGAGCCUCGCACGGGUCGCACCCAAGGCAUGUCAGGGCCCCGUGUAACUUGCCAACAUU